AUGGUACCCAUGCCCGGUUUGCGAGCAGCAGAGUUAGCUUACGGUGGUAUCUCACCACGUCGCAUUCAACAACGAUCACCAAUAGUUGCCGAUGCUCAGUUCUUCUUAUCAACUGGCUAUGCCACACCUAACCGCGAUACCGAACUCAUCGUUUGUCAAACUGAUGACCCGACUUGUUCGAAACCUCAGAUCAUGAAUACGGUUAAUAGUCCCGGAUUCGGACAAGCUGGCCUACGAUUGACAUUUACUCAUCCGCUCGGAUUGCCAAUCAUGCUCAUUCCCGAAGCUCGAUAUGCCUCGCGUGACAACCGCGUGACAGGCUACAUGAUUGAAGCUUGUCAAGAUCCUCUAUGUCAAUUACCACGUUCACGUGCAUCACUUCCAUUCAAUCUCACGGGCAAGGCCUAUUGCGAGGAUAUUACCUAUAUUCGCUGUCUUGAUCCUGAUUGUACUGAAUCGAUUCAAUCUCAACUCACUGUUGCCAAUCGAUCAUCAUCAACACGAUCUCCCAUUAUACGUGUCCAAGUUGUCAUCGAUCCACUUACCGAUUUACCAGUAUUCCAUCUAACGGGUUCUAUAUAUCCAUCGAAUGUUCCUGUAUACAUGUUUGUGUCAUGUCAAGAUGUUGAAUGCGAUAUGUCUCGAGCUAUCUACAUUAACUAUGGAGGAGCUCGUUUUGGAUUGAGCAGAGUACAAGUGAGUGAUGUGUUCGUGAAUGAUCAAGGAACAGUGAUUGCAAGUAUCAGAACAAUACAUACACCAACAAACAAAACCAUCAAUGCCGUAGUACAAAUAGCGAAGACGAGUCAAGCGGAAGUCGACACACUCACAUUCGUCGAGCCUAGCAUUACUGAAUGA